AUGGGCCGCCGCCGCAGCAGCAGUCGCGGUCGCGGCGCAAAGAAGCGUGCCUCUCUCCCGUCUCACUCGCUCUCUCACCCUCCCCAGACUCACCACACGCCGCCAUUUUCAGACUCGGCCAGCCCGAGCACUCCCGAAGCCUCCGCGCUUCCCCCGGCCCUGAGGAUGCCUCACACAGCGCCCCAGCGAGGCGGCAAGGCCCGGCAAACCAACAUCACCACGCCCCAUCGCGCCUCGUCUCCUGCGGCUGACCACGCACUGCGUGCCACCUCCCGGACGGACCGGCCCGCCCGCAGCGCGACCUUUCAUCUCUCGUCUUCCAGCUUUGAGUCACCGUCGGCCGCAGACUCCAUCAUGGCUGCUGCCGGCCCUUCCCGCAAGCGGUCCCGGACGUUUGAGACGUCUUACGACGGCGCGGCCGAUGAUGAGGGCCAUUCAAAGGGGGGCCACUCAUUGCGGAAGCGGGCCCGGAUUGACUACACCCAGGAGAUGAUCGAUGACGACCUCGGUCUCCCGGCGCCAAAGAAUGAUUUGUUCGCCAAGCCGGCCGCUGUCACGCCCAGCGCCCGCGGCCGCAGGAGGAAAGGCGUCCACGACGACUCUGGUGAGGAGUCCGAUGGCUUCGCAUCAAAUCCCAAGCGCCAUCACCGCGCCGACAAGUCUCCGGCGCCCGCUCGGCCGGCUUCUUCCCGCCGCCGUCACCCAUCCAAGAAGCUGUCUCCAGAUGCCAGUGCCUACGUCGACCAGCCCUCCGACAACGAGGUGCAGGACACCAUCCUGGUCAGCGUGCCCAACAUGGGCCCGGGCGCGCCGGCGGAGGAGUCGGAUCGCUCCUCGGCCCGCGAGGCCGAGUCGCCGCAGACGUCUUCAGAUGAAAGCGAUGAGGCUCGCGCACGAGGGCUGCCGCCCACGCCGCGUGUGCAACCCUCGGCAUCAAUCAAACAUGAGGUGUCUGUCGCUGCUGAAGACGAGGUGAUUGACAAAAGUCUCAUUCCCGAGCCAGCCGACGAAAAACCGCCGAUUGCGCCUGAACCCAUUUCACUCACGCCCGGCCCCGAGAUUGAACUCGCAGAGCACGCAGAGCGCGCCCCCGAAAAGGACGCCGCAAGCCUGCCCACCGACUUGAUCGUGUCGCCGACGGCUGUGGCAGAAGCCGAUUCAACGAGUGAGCGGCCUGUGCAACUGCCCGAGCAAACGCAUCACCCCCAGCAAGAGCCAUCGGCACUCGCAGCAACAAUUGAAAAAACUGCGCCAGAGAACCCCGCAGCCCAGGAUGCAACGACGGUAGAGGAACCCUCAGCACCGCCUGCUUCUGAACUUGAUGCAGGUGCCACAUCCAUUCCUCCCGUUUCCCGUGCACCUUCCCGCCAGGCCACGAAACCGACCGGGCCAGCAAGACUCAAACAGCUGGAGCGCAUUUACAAUUCGGAAACUCCCUUCGCCUCUCACUUGAAUCUCACACCAUACGAAGACGAGGACGUGGCCCUCCCUGGACCCUUUACAGAGUGGGUGUAUCCCGCCGAGCCUGCGAAGGACGAUUCUACCCCAACAUCAACACCCGCCGCUGCCCCUGCCCCUGCCGAGAAAAAGCCGGCCGAGAUGGAAUGGGAUGCGCGUCGUCGUCUGAAGGCCAGUGAAUUCUUCGCGCUGUACAAGAAGGAAAAGAAGAGACGGCAGGAGAGAGGCGAGCCACCCAUUUCCAUGAUCGAAUUCAACAACGAAUGCGCCCGCCGCUACAAGUCUGCACAUGCCCAGGACGGAGAUUCGCAAACUCCUUCAUCCACGACUGAGUCGGCGGAAACGUCCACUGUCGUGGCAGUGCGACCUGAAAAUCCGGAAAUCACAGUCGAGGAAGAGCUCCCCCAGAACUCACAGGUGGCCGAGUCUGGACAGUUCACAGCUGCUCCAUCUCCAGCCCCGGCUGACGACGCCGCGGACCAGGAGGACGCCGUCGAUGACGAGCAGGAGGCUGAAGAUGCGGUUGAUGAGCAAAUCCCACGGAACGGCCCGGUGGAGCCCGUGGAAGUGACUCGGAAUCCGAGCAAACAAUACUUGUUCCCCAAGAUCCGCGACCCGAACGACUUCGUCGAGGCGUUUGAGGGGUGGCAAGACUUCUCCAACGAGCACCUUUACGAGACCGUCGCUGCCGCCAUAGAGGCCAUGCAUGCGUACCAGCAGGAAUACAACGAGCUCAAGAAGUACCUGGAUGAUGAGGAGAACGCGAAGCGCCGCCAGGCCAACGACAAGACGAUCGUCAACUGGGAGAAUCGCCAGAAGGCCGACGAGCCGUUGCCCUGGCGCCGCCAUUUCGACGACGUCGUGAAGGGCCCCCCCGCGUUCGAGGUGCGCGGAGUUCGUGCCCCCAAACCGUACAUUGAUGACCCCGCCCUGGAGCACCAGAAGGAGGAGGACCGCAUCAUGGCGCAGGCACACGGGUUCAAGCUUAACACCCACCCGACGCAAAUCGGCCGGCAGAACCCCGAAGAGCAGCGCUGGGAGAUGCCCGAGAAUCGGCUCCGGAGAAGGACCGAGAAGGGCGCCGAACUCGCCGAGGAGAACGUCAUCGAGGGCAAGCGCGUCAGGAAGCCGCGCUACGUGUCGGACCAGAGCAAGGAUCCGAGCCGGUCCGGCACCCCCGCGGUUGGCGUCUUGUUUGGCCCCGCUCGGCGCCAGAGGCGCAGGCCCGGGACCGCCACGGCGAACGGCGACGAGCCCGAGGGGCAGGAGCAAGCCCAGCUCGCCGAGAGCUUUGGGGAAUUACCUCGAAAAGGGCGCGCAGCACGAUCCCGCGGGACGGUGCUGCCGGAUGACCAGGACCAAAUCCCCGCCGUCGCAGAAGCAGACAACAACCAGACGGAGGACGAGGACGAGGCGAACGGCAAGACCAAAGUCUUGCGCAGGCGCGGCCGCGCCGCCGCCGCGGUCGCCGAGCCGCCAACCUCCGUCCCGGCUGGCUUCGGCGGGGAGGUCAGCAAGCCAAAGCGUGUGCGCGGCGGGAAAGGCCCGCAAGCGGGGGGCGAGAUCAUCAGCUCGUCCUUCUACAGCAACGCAUCCGCCACCGCCACGCAGCCCGGGUCGAGGCCGUCGACCGCGUCGUCCGAGGCAACUGCCCGCACGGCAGAGACGGUCGAGUCCGCCUACUCCCUGCGGGACAAGCGCAAGCGCAACUUUGCGCUUGAGAACGACCCGGAGCUGGAGCCUCGGCCGCAGAGGCGGAGGGGGCCGCCCGCGCAGAAGCCGGAGCCCGUGGAGCAGAAGAAGCGCGGCCCGCGCAAAAAGGAAACGACCCAACCUCCCCCGCCACCGGCAGCUGCGUCGGCGUCCGUCCCGGCCGCGUCAACCCCGCCGCCGCUGCAGCAGCCCGUCGGCACGAAGUUUUUCAACUUCAUGCCCAGCCCGGCGGGCCACGACGCGGGCAACGGCUCUCAGCCUGUGCCGGCGCAGGCGUCAGGGCCGUUCCUGCACACGUUCAACGCGAGCCCGGCCUUCCCUCCUGGGGCGCCUCCCCCGCCCCCGCCUCCGCCGUCCGUGAAGAAGCCGAUCACGAAGAUCAAGCUCACGAACAACGGGGCUUCUUCUUCGCAGGCCGCUUCGCGGCCCCUGACGCCAGCAAAUGGGCCAUCCAGCGCCAACAACUCCAAGCCCGGCGGCAAGGGCGCGCGCGGCAACAAGGGCCAUUCGGCGAGCGAGACCAAGGCAGGCGCUGCGGCGCACGGCAACGGCGACUUCGAAAAGCCGUAUGCCGAGAUGACCAAGUCAGAGAAGAUGAGCUGGUCGAUGCGGAGACGAUGGGCGUCGGGCGAGAUGCAAGGGGCGGUCGAGAAGCGGCGCAACACGCUGGCGAACAAGAAGGCCGAGAAGGCGGCCAGCAGCACGAACAGCACGACCCCGGCCCCAGCCGACCAGAACACCACGACGCAGGCGACAGAUGCCAGCUCCGCCGGGCGUUCCGGCACCGCUACGCCUGCGUCGAUGCAUGGCCUCGGCCCUGGUCCGCUGGCGUUGCCGCAGGGUCCUCCUCCUCCUCCUCCUCCCGUGCUGUUGCAGCCGGCCCAACCGCACCAGGGAUACCUGCAGCAGCCCCCGCCGUACCCUUAUCCGUUCGGUCCCACGGGUCCCUCGGGGCGGAUGUCUUGA